AUGAACUCGUUAUGGCUCGUUCGACGCUCGGGUGUAUCAUUAAGAGCGGCGCAUGCACGCACAUGUGCGUCUCUCUAUUGUUCAACAAGUGUAUUAUCAUCUGCAUUGACUCCGUCGUAUUCUCGUGUUUCUUCCACUACUUCGUCAUCAUCAUCAUCAUCUUCUUUGCUGCGUUUCUCUCGACCCGUACUUGUCUCCAUUGACAAAUCAGGAAGCCAUAGAAAUCUUAUUUCUAUCCUUCCUCUUACUUCACGACGUUUCUAUUCGUCGAGGAACUAUUCACGUAACAACAAUGACUGGAAAUCCACAUUAAAGACUGGAGGAUUAGUCCUCUUAGGUACAGGAGCGCUCAUUGCGUCUACAUCCUUGGCCUUUGGGUUUGUGAUUGCAGGUGCAGCUGGAUUUGGAGUGUAUACUUUGUAUCAGCGAUUCUGGCGACCGUAUCGAUCGAAUGAGCCAUUUCAUACCAUGAACUCGAAGAUUAAUACGUCGAGUGACUUGUUGCGUCCCAAUCGACCACGUGAAGAGGUGAUAGGACAAGAUGAUUUGAACUCACUGCUGCAGGGAAUGCCUUUUGUUGUGCGAGGUUUUGUAAAGACGGUGUUUUCGUUGGCGGGACGAGCGAUGCAGCACUCAAUGGAACGAGCGGGUGAGCUGCGACGACGGACGAAUGAACAUUUGCAAAGGAAUAAACGAGUGCGUGAGCAAAUGGGCGAUGACGUCAGUGUGGAUGGACCCGAGCAGUGGAUCGAGUCGACUCUGAAUGGCGUUGGACGCAUUGAAGCAGUUUUUCCAGUCAAUGGGACGUACAGUUCAGCGAGGGUGACUGUGAAGGCUUCGAUUGGUAAAGGUGACAACCUGAAUCUGACAGAGCUCAAGUAUCGCAACCACGAAACUGGGGACACGAUUGAUUUGUUACGUGAUUCAUCUGUCGGAGGUCGAAAAAAGACCGUCAUUGAUGCCGAGUUCGUCGAUCUAGAUGAUGAGAAUGGCCGGUCACGUUGGUAA